CUCCCGCCUCUUUGAUUUCGGGGCACCUCCAGCAGAUAAUUGGGAAGGGUUUCCAGAAGGUGGGAAAUGUCACCUGAUUCACACUGAACUUUUAAAAGCGGCCCCCGCCCCCCAGCCGCCGCGCACACCCUCGCUCGCUCGCUCGCCCGCUCGCAGCCGCCCUCCCACUGCCCCACACACACACCCUGGGAGACCGCCCACCGCAAACUGCGGAGACCCCCGUCUAGAUUUAAAGGGCGACUGCGCCCGGCUCCUGACGUCCAUUGAAUCCCGCGGGCGGCCGGCGGCGAGCGCGGGGCUGCGACCGGAUCGCUGCGCCCCUCCGCCGCUCGCCUCUGCGACGCGCCCCUCGCCGCGCCAGCGCCCCGCACCCCGCGCCCCGCGCCCCGCGCCCCGCUCCCCGGCCCCCACGAUGGUCCGGCCCCGGCACCAGCCCGGCGGGCUCUGCCUCCUGCUGCUGCUGCUCUGCCAGUUCAUGGAGGACCGCAGCGCCCAGGCUGGGAAUUGCUGGCUCCGCCAAGCGAAGAAUGGCCGCUGCCAGGUCCUGUACAAGACCGAGCUGAGCAAGGAGGAGUGUUGCAGCACGGGCCGUCUGAGCACCUCCUGGACUGAGGAGGAUGUGAAUGACAACACCCUCUUCAAGUGGAUGAUUUUCAAUGGGGGCGCCCCCAACUGCAUCCCCUGUAAAGAAACGUGUGAAAAUGUGGACUGUGGCCCUGGGAAAAAAUGCCGCAUGAACAAGAAGAACAAACCCCGCUGUGUCUGUGCUCCAGAUUGUUCCAACAUCACCUGGAAGGGGCCAGUCUGUGGAAUGGAUGGGAAAACCUACCGCAAUGAGUGUGCGCUCCUCAAAGCCAGAUGUAAAGAGCAACCAGAACUGGAGGUCCAGUACCAGGGCAAAUGCAAAAAGACCUGUCGGGAUGUUUUCUGUCCAGGCAGCUCCACAUGUGUGGUGGACCAGACGAAUAAUGCCUACUGUGUGACAUGUAACCGAAUUUGCCCCGAACCCUCUUCCUCCGAACAAUAUCUCUGUGGAAACGACGGGGUGACCUACUCCAGUGCCUGUCACCUGAGGAAGGCUACCUGCUUACUGGGCAGAUCGAUUGGAUUAGCCUAUGAGGGAAAGUGUAUCAAAGCAAAGUCCUGUGAAGAUAUACAGUGCACUGGUGGGAAAAAGUGUUUAUGGGAUUUCAAAGUCGGCAGAGGCCGGUGUUCCCUCUGUGAUGAGCUGUGCCCCGAGACUAAGUCUGAGGAGCCUGUCUGUGCCAGUGACAAUGCCACGUACGCCAGUGAGUGCGCCAUGAAGGAAGCGGCCUGCUCCUCAGGUGUGCUGCUGGAGGUCAAGCACUCCGGGUCCUGCAACUGAAUCUGCCCGUAAAACCUGAGCCAUUGAUUCUUCAGAACUUUCUGCAGUUUUUGACUUCAUAGAUUAUGUUUUUUUUUAAUUUUUUAAACUUAUUGCAUAUCAGCAGAUGCCAAAAACAACCCAAAAAAAAAAAAAGCAUCUCACUGCAAGUCACAUAAAAAUGCAACGCUGUAAUAUGGCUGUCUCAGAGGGCUUUGAAAACAUACACUGAGCUGCUUCUGCGCUGUUGUUGUCCGUAUUUAAACAACAGCUCCCCUGUAUUCCCCCAUCUAGCCAUUUCUGAAGACACCGAGGAAGAGGAGGAAGAUGAAGACCAGGACUACAGCUUUCCUAUAUCUUCCAUUCUAGAGUGGUAAACCCUCCACAAUGUUCAGUGUUGACAUAGCCUUUGGGCAGAAAAAAAAAAAAGACAAGAAAAGAAAAAAGAAAAAAUAUAUUGUCCAUACUGUAAAUAAGUGUAUGCUUAUUUAUUUGGGGGGAAACUAUACAUGAAGGACGUUUGUCCUAAAGCUCUCUCCCAGGUCACCUUGUUAUACAUUGGACAUGGAGAGGCAGCCAUUGUGAGGUCUACUGGAUGAGGCCCAUAGUUGAAACUUGUAGACAUUUAUUUAUACUGUGUCAUGUUUUAUAAUUUAUACAUAAAAUGUCUGGUUGACUGUACAACUUGUUUUUGAAGAAAUUUAUUCGUGAAAGGAAGAGCAGUUGUUAUUUAUUGUGAGGUCUCUUGCUUGUAAAGUAAAAGCUUUUUUUUUCCCCUUGUAAACCAUUUAAGUCCAUUCCUUCCUAUUUACCAUUCAUCUGUUGCCCCUCAUUUCACUGUUGUUAGAUUCUUUUCCACUUUAGCAGACUUGCAUGUCAGUUUCUGUCAUGUUUAUUUAUUGGUUUUUCUGCUGCCUGUUCUGUACAUACAUGACCCCUCGGGUUUUUGUUUACAAGGAAUCUUGACUGACCAAAAGGCAUUACAAUGGACUCAAAUGCAAGGUGCAGAGGAUAUAUCUUUAAGGAACUCCUCCUUCAGUUCUCUGGGGAUGAAGUCAUUUUGUGAAGGACUGACAAGUGAUAAUAAUGUUAGAAUCCUAAUAAGGAACUUUUUAAGAUGUUACAGAUCCAAAGAAAUUCAGGGUGUCGGGAAAUUGAAGGAAAGGGAACGCUGUGCACUCAACCUUUGGAGUUCCCAGUCUGCUGUACCUUUUAAAUCAGUUCUUUUUCAACCAGUGUGUCACUAAAAGUUAUAUCAAAGCUUUAUAUCAGUUCAAGUUUCUUGCUUUUCAUAAUACUUUUCUCUGAUGCAAUUUUAUAUUUUCAAACAUGGCAAGUUAAAUAUAAAUUCAUUUAAAUAUAUAGUUUUGUACUUUUCUACCAUGUAAAUGUGCAAUGUAUAUAAAAGUUAUAAUGUGUAUUUGUAAAUAAAUGAUGAGUGGAAAAAUAAAAAAAAGUUUAAAAAGCCAA